AUGCAGACUCCGGAAGGAAUUGAGCUCUGCUUUCCACAACUCCCCAACUCCUCCUGCAGGAAGCCGAUGCGUCCUCACUCCGAGACCGUGUUUCUCCACAUUAUGCUGUCCUCCAUCUCUCUGUUGACGGUGGCUCUCAACCUCCUGGUCAUCAUCUCCAUCUCCCAUUUCAGGAAGCUCCAUACACCCACCAACCUCCUCCUUCUCUCCCUGGCCAUCUCUGACCUACUCGUUGGUCUCCUGAUGCCAAGUUAUAGGUUCCACGUUUUGGGAGACUGCUGGUUCCUGGGUGACUCUCUGUGUGUAGUUUCCCACUUUCUAAGCUUCAUCAUUAUUUCUGCCUCUGUAGGGAACAUGGUGCUGAUAUCUAUCGACCGCUACGUGGCUAUUUGCGACCCUCUGCAUUAUUCCACCAAAGUCACUCAAAGAAGAGUUCAAAUCAGUGUGUGUAUAUGCUGGUUCUGUUCUUUUUUCUACAACAGCCUGGUACUAAAAGACUUCCUUAACCAGCCAGACAAGUAUAAUUCCUGCCAUGGAGAGUGUGUUUUGAUGAUCGACUACAUUGCAGGAGCUGUUGAUCUUAUUUUGACCGUCAUCGGUCCCAUUACUGUCAUCAUAGUUCUGUAUAUGAGAGUGUUUGUCGUGGCUGUGUCUCAGGCACGUGCCAUGAGGUCCCACAUUGUAUCUGUCCCAUCGCAGAAUACAGUGACUGUAACUGCUAAGAAAUCUGAGAGGAAAGCAGCCAGGACUCUUGGUGUUGUCAUCGUAGUGUUUCUGAUGUGUUUCUGUCCAUAUUACUAUCCGCCUUUCGCAGGCCAGGGCACACUGAGCAGUGCUUCAUCUGUGGCCAUUGUGACCUGCCUUUUGUACUGUAACUCCUGUCUAAACCCUGUAAUCUAUGCGUUUUUCUACCCGUGGUUUAGAAAAACAGUUAAACUCAUAGCUUCACUUCAGAUAUUGCAGCCUGACUCCUGUAAGGCCAACAUAAUUUAA